AUGCAACAUUCAUGUUCCCAUACAUGCCAACAUGUUGAUGAAACAAAUGUUCGUCAAUGGAAUUUAUAUACAAAAAUUGAUAAAUAUAAUUUACAAUGUUAUAAUGAAAAACAUGAUGAUUCAGGUAAAGAUGUAUUUCGUGCAUGGGAAGAACAACUUGAUCGAUCAAAAGUAGUUGAAACUGAUGAUGAACAAGAAUUACUUUUCAGUAUACCAUUUAAUGGUGCUGUAAAAAUAACUGGCCUAUGUGUUAUUGGUGAAAAUGGUCCAUCACAUCCAAAUACAGUUAAAUUAUGGAGUAAUUUACCUGAAUUACGUUUUGAUAAUGCACAUGGAAAAGCUCAUCAAGAAAUUUCACUUACAUAUCAUCCAUCCGGUACAUUAGCUUAUCAAGUCAAUCUAUCACAUUUUUCACGUGUAACACAUCUAUCUUUAUAUUUUCCUUCGAAUUUCGGUGAUGAAACAACUCGUAUUUAUUAUAUUGGUCUUCGUGGUGAAUAUCUUGGUGAAGUAAAAUCUAAAGUAGUCAUUACAACGUAUGAAGCUAGAUCACAAUUAAAAGAUCACAAAGUGGAUGAUUUUUUAACAGGCCAUCGUGAAAUACAAUAA